UCCCUAGCUCUCGUCCUAGUAGCACGCAUACCUAAUUUUCUUGUUAAAUAUACAAUAUUCUCUAUAAAACAACAGCCCGCUAUACACCUGGCGACACUUUCUGAUGGGCACACCUGAGGACCACUCCUUGCUUGGCCUAGCACGAGUGCCGUUUUUCAGUCUAAGUUCGACUAUUUUUGUGUUUUCGACUGGAUGGAAGUAUAUUCUUCAUUGGAACAUUUUAAACUAAAUAUUUCCAAAUAUGCGUGCUUGUUUUCGAGGUAAUUGGACCACACAUGUUCCUAACACAUGCGUGCAUGUUUAGCAUAGUUACAAUGUGACCUGUUUAUUGUGUUGGUUUAAUUAGAACAGUCCGUGAUUAGAAUAAUUAAUACAAUGAGUUUAAUGAAGAAGAGAUCUAGCUUCGGCAAGAAAUAUUCAGAUACAAUUUUCAACGUUCAAGAUGAGCACCAGGGUACAUACCGGAAGUUGUCGGAGGAGGAGCAGGUGCAGAUGCGGAGAGCUAGUUCCGAAGACACUCCUCCAAAAGUUACAAAAAAGCGCAUACGGCCUUUAAGCUUUACUUACGGCCAAGACUUGGCUCGAUCUAUCAGUGAAAAAUUCAAGAGAAAGUCAAAGGGAAGCCCCAAAAGUCCGAAAAAUUCUAAACACCUUACUUCCGGUCAGUUGAAACAAAACGUCGAGCGUAGUGACAGUUUCCCCGGAAGUGCAUCGAACACAGUACAAAAUGUGGCAGGAAUAACUGACAACCUAACCGGAAGUCGAGAUAAAACACCUACUGAACACAAAGCAGAAACAUUUCGACCAAGGGAGAUAAUAGAAAAUAUCCCGAAAAGACGAGUUGUAAGCGCCGAAAUGAACAUUCGUCCCGUUUCCGCGUCAUUUGUAGAAGGUCUGGUAAAGGGAACGACCACGCCUCCGUUAACUCCUCCACUUCCGGUUGCAAAAUCAAACUCGAGUGAACCAUCGGAUAAUUAUUACGUCAAAUGCGGAGAUAAAAACGGUAGCAUCAAAGAUGACAGCGAUAAAAUUAAAAGACGAAAAAAGAAAAAGACACAUUCAUCGUCAUCUUCGUCUUCAUCCUCAUCAUCGUCAUCUUCUGAUACCGAGGCCGACAUGAAGACGAGCGACAAAGGUGUUGUACCGAAAGAAAGAUGUAUUUCGUAUUACGGUCCAGUUGUUAUGGACGGAAAGACUCUGAGGCUUCCAACCCAGGGGACGGGCAUGCGCAGGUACCACAGUCUCACGCUUCCUUGCUGGGACGGGACUGUCAUUAAGGAUGGCAGAAUUAUAGACGAAAAUGAUACUUCACCAACGUCACUUCUGCUGGAGUUUGAAAAACCGAAAGUGAAAAGUUCCGGAAGCGGUUAUCCUUUUAUCAAUUUCAGAUCAAAAACUUUAGAGUCACGUCCGAAGUCCAUUGACGUCACCAAGGAAACUGAUAUCGGACAGAACCAACUGGACUUCGAAGUCAGAAAACCAAAGCUGAUAUAUUCCUCGAGGAUAGACAUAGGACCGAAUGGAAAUAAUGAAACAGGGAGACCAAACCGGAACCGGAAGUCGACAUCAUCACUGUCUGAUCUGAGUAAUUCAGAUUCAGAGUGUAAGACUCCAGAAAUAUCUGUUCGCCCAAAAGUGAUUUCAAGAGCCGCUUCUGAAGAGAGAACACCCGGAUCUGUGACUAGUCCUCUGAGAGCUGACGACCCUGACUUAUCGUACACUGUGACUAGUCCUCUGAGAGCUGACGACCCUGUAUUAUCGUACACUGUGACUCGUCCUCUGAGAGCUGACGACCCUGUAUUAUCGUACACUGUGACUCGUCCUCUGAGAGCUGACGACCCUGUAUUAUCGUACACUGUGACAAGUCCUCUGAGAGCUGACGACCCUGUAUUAUCGUACACUGUGACAAGUCCUCUGAGAGCUGAUGACCCUUUAUUAUCGUACACAACAGCUGAUAUAGCGGCGGGACUGAAUCAAGCACGUCAGCAUUCCACAGACGAUUCACCGGUAGAGGAGAAAAUAGAACCGUCAACAGUCGCCAGGACCGAUACUAGUCCGUGCGGGAAACAUUCACCACCACAACCGGAAGUAGUCGUUAACUCUAAGGAAGCAUCGCCUGUCGCCAAUUCCGACGUUGUUCCUCCUUCACGGCAAAGUUCAGAUCGACGCCUGCUGAAACAAAAUAAUACUGAUGGAAGUUUGGAUGUUUCAUUAGAGAAGAAUGACGAAAAUCAAAACCUUGAAAUAUGCCCUGAACAAAUCAGCACAGACACGAAUGUUGUAAAGAACCACAGCGACACGACGAAGGACAAUCAAUCGAGUAAGGGUGACAGGUACAAAUCGAACGGGAACAGCAUCGCCAUAUCUAGUGCCAAUACGGGAAGCGUGGAGGAAGAGUUUGCACAACUUCUUGAUCUGAACGAUUCGUCUAUAGAAGAAACGUAUACAGAAGAGGUGUUACCUCUACGGAUCAUAGUGGAAGACGACGUAUGUCUUCCGGAAAAUCCUUCGUCACACACAUCCACAAGCUCCAGGUCUGACGAAGAAACACCAAACGAAGCGAAAUCUCAAAACGUAGCUGACACCAGGAGACCUAUUCCGGUACCAAGAAGAAGUCAAAGUGUCACAAAUCAGGAACCACAAGAUGGAUAUUCCUCGGAGGAAAGUACUCCAAAGAAUAACUCUCAUAUAGAGCGGAAAUCAUCUACCUCAUCUUCAUCCUCGUCAGGCUCUGAUAGUACCUCUGACCGAAAGUAUGUUUUACAAUCACAAGAAGAAAACAUUAAACCGGAAGUGGGUUCAGGUAAUAUUUUAUCAGAAAUAGACUGUGAACAGGAAGCAAAGGAAAAACGACAGAGAUCAAACUCCUCAUCGUCUACAUCAUCAUCGUCAUCGUCAUCCUCAUCCUCAUCCUCUUCAGGUCAUAAGUCAUCAAGUCCGAAAGUACAAGCGGAUCCGAAAGUUGUUCCACUAGAAAAGGAAUGUAGAAGAAAGCUUGAACCGGAAGUUCUUGCCACAGUCAAUAAUGAAACAGAAUUAAAACCUAAAUCUGAAAUUAUUAUCAGCCCAACUGUAAAUACCCCGGAUAUUCCAGAGGUAAAGAUAAAGGAUGCUUUAACUGCUGAGAUCAAAGACCUGCCCGCCGUUGAAAUCAAGGAAGUUGAAAUAAAAAGUACACCUGCUGUUGAUAUUGGGGAAAUACCUGCGUAUUUCGAAUUAAAGGAUAUUCCCCCUGUUGAAAUAAACGCCGUUCAAGAAAUCGAAAUACAGGGUAUCCCCGCUGUUGAAAUAAAGGAAAUCCCUGCCAUUAAAAUCAGGGAUAUUCCAGAGUACCUUGAAAUAAAAGAUAUUUCAUCUGUUGAAGUCAAAAAUGUUCCAGAAGCCAAAAUUAAGGAUGUCCCUGCUUUUGAAAUCGAAGACAUUCCAGAUUACAUUGAAGUAACAGAUAUUCCCUCUGUUGAAAAGAAGAAAGUUCUUGUCGUUGAAAUUAAGGGUACCCCCGCUGUUGAAAUCAAGGACCUUCCAGAUUAUCUUGAAGUAACAGAUAUUCCCUCUGUUGAAACCAAGAACGUUCCUGUCGUUGAAAUUAAGGAUACCCCCACCAUUGGAAUCAAGGACAUUUCGGAUGUUGUAAUAAAGGAUGUUCCUUCAGUUGAAAUAAAGAAAAAUACAGAAGAUGAAAUAAAAUACAUCCCGGUUGUUGAAGUAAAGACAAUCCCUUGUGUUUCAAUCCAAAACAAGUCAGAUGAGGCAGUUUACGUCGCACCAGAGGAAAUAAAUGGUGUUCUCAAGGUUCCAAACGAUCUGAAACAAGAAAAGAAGGAGACGGCAUCAAUCAAACUGCCUGAUUCUAAGUCAGUCUGGAACCAGUCAUUUUCAUCCUCAUUUUCUGACGGAGCCUAUGAGACGCCAGAAGAGGAAAUAAAAACAUCCCCAAGAGGUGUUCCAAGUGUACCCUGUAUUCCAGACAUUUCGUCUGGCGGUCACGAUCAGAAUUCUAUAUACGAAGAACCUUUCAAAAGUCGACGUCGCUCUUCUAGCUCGUCGUCGUCGUCGUCGUCGUCGUCGUCGUCGCCAUCCGGAUCCGAUAGAUCACGUGACCGGGGUAGAGUUAAAAAGAAGCCGGAAAUGAACGUUAAAUCCGACCUUGAAUUUAAAGACACCGUUAUUAGCGUGGCAGAGGAAAACGACAUUCCGGAAUGUGUAUAUGACGUCAUAGUUGUAAGAGAGUCGAGCCCAAAAAACAGCGGAACGGACGACAUUCCACCAACACCUCCUCCGAGAAGGAAUCGAAAGACGAAGAACAAUAACAGGAAGUCGCCAGAACAGAACCGGAAGUCGUCAUCAUCCUCGUUAUCGAGUUUAGAUAGUCCAGAACCCGCCGGAAAUACGCCAUCAUCCUUCAGAAACAAAGAUAUACAGAGUGUAUAUGACUCGAUUCUAGAAGGUAGCUUGAUGAAGGAUAGAGACACGAUUGACUUGGAAUUUCUGAAGCGACACCAGAAAGCUUUCCCAAAAAGCAGACAUAAUCAUUGCGAUUCCGAGGACGCUCCUGACUCAAAUAUGGAUACAGAGAUACCGAACCAGGUUGUGACAGAUGACGUCAUCUUGCCAACCACACAAAGUUCCCUAACCCAACAGAGUCCCACACCUAAAGGGGUAUCAUUAGAACAUGACGCUUACUAUCAAAACAUUAGCAACAAAGAAGAAAGAACUUGUGAACCAAAUAGGUCAUUCGACGUAGACGUAACAAAAUCACGCCGAUACAGCACUUCAUCAGAUGAAAGUAAAAAUAACACUCGACGACGAAGCUCUUCAUCAAAUGGAAAGAAAAUGAAAAAUGGUCGGCGCAGUAUUUCUUCUGGUGAUGAUGAAAAGAAAAAUCAACGACAUAGCUCAUCAUCAGAUGAAAAGAAAAAGAAAAAUCAUCGGCGCAGCAAUUCUUCAGACGAUGAUAAAAAGAAAAGUCGACGCCGAAGCUUAUCACCGGAUGAAAAGAAAAAGAAAAAUCGUCGGCGCAGCAAUUCUUCAGACGAUGAUAAAAAGAAAAGUCGACGUCGAAACUUAUCACCGGAUGAAAAGAAAAAGAAAAAUCGGUGGCGCAGCAAUUCUUCUAGUGAUGAUAAAAAGAAAAGUCGACGCCGAAGCUUAUCACCGGAUGAAAAGAAAAAGAAAAAUCGGUGGCGCAGCAAUUCUUCUAGUGAUGAUAAAAAGAAAAGUCGGCGACGAAGCUCUUCAUCCGAGGAAAGGAAAAAGAAAAACCGUCGGCGCAGUAUUUCUUCCGGUGAUGAUAAAAAGAAAAGUCGACAGCGAAGCUCUUCAUCCGAGGAAAGGAAAAAGAAAAACCGUCGGCGCAGUAUUUCUUCCGGUGAUGAUAAAAAGAAAAGUCGACAGCUUAGCUCAUCAUCAGAUGAAAGGAAAAAGAAAAACCGGCGGCGCAGCAAUUCUUCUAGUGAUGAUAAAAAGAAAAAUCGACGGCAUAGCUCUCCGUCAAAUGAAGGAAAAAAGAAAAAUCGUCGGCGCAGCAUUUCUUCUGGCGAUGAUGAAAAGAAAAUUCGACGACGGAGUACUUCAUCAAGCGAAGACAGAAAUAUAUCGCGUCGACCGAACAGAUCAGAUUUAUACAAAAAGAAAGCUCGUCGAUGUAGCACUUCGUCAGAGGAAGACGAGGUACUCCGACGACGAAGCUCCUCUUCAGGAAGAGAAGAAAGGAAACCCCGUGGACCCAGUACUCCACUAGACGAAAGCAAACCGAAAAUUCACCAAAUAAAUGAGACCUCCGACGACGAAAAACUGAAAAACAGUCGAGGUAGGUUAUCAUCAGAGGAAGAUACAAAGAAAAUCCCAUGUCUAACUGCGUCUUUGGAAAAUCGAGCUUCAACAUCUCGUCCGAGUAUCUCCUCGGUUCAAGGGGACCAGUCCAUACAUCGUCCACACAAAUCAUUAGAAAGUAAUGCGGAGAAAAAACGUAAACCAAGUUCAUCUGUCGAGAAGAAAAAGAAAAACCGCAAACCAAAUUCAUCAUCUGACGAAGAGAAAAGGAAGGACCGUCGGUCGAGUUCAUCCUCGGAAGGGGAGAAACAGAAGAAUACCCGACCAAGGUCAUCAUCAGACGAGGAUAACGGGAAAAAUCACCGAACAAGUUUACCUUCAGAUGAAGAGAAGAGGAAUCAUCGCAAACCAAAAAACCGCCGACCAAGUUCAUCAUCACAUGAGGAGAAGAUGGAAAAUCGUCGACCAAGUUCAUCAUCAGAUGAAGAGAAAAGAAAGAAUCGCCGACCAAGUUUAUCAUCGGAUGAAGAGAAGAGGAAAAACCGCCGACCAAGUUCAUCAUCACAUGAGGAGAAGAGGGAAAAUCGCCGACAAAGUUUAUCAUCGGAUGAGGAGAAAAGAAAACAUUGCCGACCAAGUUCAUCAUCAGAUGAAGAGAAAAGAAAGAAUCGCCAAUCAAGUUCAUCAUCAGAUGAAGAGAAGAGGGAAAAUCACCGUCCAAGUUCAUCAUCAUCAGGUGAGGCGAAGAGGAAGAAAAGUUGUUCAUCAUCAGAGACAGAUAAAGACAUAGUUCGACGACCGAGUUCAUCAACGGGAGAAGGAAUGAUUCAACAUCAAAGUCAACACACGAACGAUAACAUGUCAGGAGUGUGGCGGUAUGAUGUCCCGGAGGCCCACCGACAUCAAGGUCACUCUGCUGUAGUAGCUAUAGACUUGGGGACAACAUACAGUGGAUAUGCUUACUGUUUCACGUCCGACCCAAAGCAGGUGUUUAUGAUGAGGAAAUGGGAGGGUGGGGAUCCUGGGGUUAUCAACGAAAAGACACCAACGUGUCUGCUGCUCACACCUGACCUCGCGUUUCACUCCUUCGGAUUUACUGCUCGAAAUGCCUAUCAUGACUUGGAGCCGGACGAUGCCAAUUCUUGGGUUUACUUCGAGAAAUUCAAAAUGAGGUUACAGACCGAAUCGGAAUUGGGUACAGACCUCAUUCUUGGUGCAAGUAACGGUCGACAACUGAAGGCUCUGUCUAUCUUCUCGCUGGUUCUCUCGUUCUUUAGAGAUCACGUUCUGCGAGAACUGAGUGACCAGUGUGGACGAAUUGUAAUGACCGAGGACAUCCGAUGGAUAUUGACUGUUCCUGCCAUCUGGCGACCGUCUGCUAAGCAGUUCAUGAGACAGGCGGCAUAUGAAGCUGGUCUUGUAUCCAAAGACUUUCCGGAACAGCUGCUUAUCGCUCUCGAACCGGAAGUGGCGUCAGUAUACUGCCGGAAGUUAAAGCGACACCAAAUUCUGACUGAUGUGCCGCGUCAUGCGCCCUGGAUGGGACAGCCAUUUAAAUGUUUGAAUAAGGAUUCGGCUGUAGAUGAUCACGUGCCUGAUAUGAAAUUUUUAACUCGAGAGCAGUGGAAAUCUCACGAUAGCUUGGAAAAAGUCAUGAAAGGUAUGAGGUAUAUGGUAGUGGACUGUGGUGGAGGAACAGUGGACAUCACGGUACACGAGCUGGACAGUUCCGGACAUCUAGGCGAGAUAUACAAGGCUAGCGGUGGAGCGUACGGAGCGGUCGGUGUUGACCGAGCCUUUGUUGCAUUGUUGGUCAGUAUAUUCGGCCACGCCUUCAUUGACCAGUACAAAAACAAAUGUCCAGCUGGAUGGAUUGAUCUCAUGAUGAACUUCGAGGCUAAAAAACGGUCCAUGUUCCCUUACAAAGCAUCACCCCUCAACAUAUCACUGCCAUUUUCAUUCAUCAACUUUUACAAAAAAUUCCACAAGCCAUUGCAAGGCAGUAUUGAACACGUGAUACGAAAGUUCCACGACAAGGACGUGCAGUGGUCGCCUCAGGGCAUGCUUCGACUGGCUCCGUACGCUAUGUUCCGUCUAUUUGUCCCAGUCCUUGACAAAAUCAAGUCAGCCGUUGGGGAUGUCCUCAACAACCCAGACGUCAAAGAUCUUAGGUACCUAUUUCUGGUCGGAGGGUUCGCAGAGUCUGCCAUCCUACAGCACGAGAUCCGGAAGGAGUUUGGCGAGCUCGUGAAUGUCGUGGUACCUUACGGGUCAUCUAUGGUCAUAUUGAAAGGGGCUGUCCAAUACGGUCUCCAUCCUGAGAUCGUAGCAGUGAGGCGUUCCACACAAACGUACGGUGUUGGAAUCCUUAACAAGUUCGACACAAAUAAACAUGUAGAUGAUAAGAAAGUCAGUCGUGGAGGACAAGAUUGGUGCACAGAUGUUUUUGAUACAUUCAUUGCCAUUGGUCAGCCAGUUGCCAUAGGAGAUGUCGUUCUGCGGAGCUAUACUCCAGCACAGUCUGACCAAAAGGUCAUUAAAAUUAACAUUUAUGUAAGUGACCUUAUAGACCCAAGCUACGUCACCGAGGACGGAGUCCGAAACUGUGGCUCUCUUACGCUCGACAUAUCGGAAGUAAUGUCUGAUGUCAUUCCGAAAACUAGAGAAAUACAAAUUCGAAUGCACUUCGGAGAAACCGAAAUCAAAGUCAGUGCGUUAGAUACCUCAAACGGUAGGCAUGCAAAAGUAGCCAUAGAUUUCCUUCAUAAUUAGUUAAGUAUUCUGUGGACAGAUUUUACAAUUAUCAGUCACUGUUAACGACAUAAUAACUGGUAAGUUUUCAUAUAUUUUGAGAAAAAACGGACGUUUUAAAAAUACAUGAAAAUUCGAAUUAUUUAGCAAUUGUUAACAUAUAUAUAGAUUGUAUAUUCAUUGUAUAUCUCAUUAUAAUAUCUACAUGUCAUUUAAAUCAUGUUGGCUGCCGGUAAGUUAUCUCUUGUGUAAAUUGUGAAACUAGCAACAUGUGAACGCGGCAGAAUUUUAUAAAUAUUAUACUCCUUAUGUUAAUCUGAGAUUUACAAACAAUUGAUAAAAAAAACUUUCUAUCGAGCACUGAUUUGUGCUGCUUAAAAUUGACCAAUAAUAUGAUUAUUCCUACGCGAACAUAUAUUAUCAUUGCCUAUCUCAAGAAAGUGGAUAGUGGGCUUCUUUACGAUUAAUUUGGCUUCGUAGAGUUUAGCAUGUGAUGUCACUGUAAUAGUUCAGCAUGUGAUGUCACUAUGACAGUUCAGUAUGUGAUGUCACUAUGAUAGUUCAGUUUGUGAUGUCACUGUGAUAGUUCAGUAUGUGAUGUCACUAUGAUAGUUCAGCAUGUGAUGUCACUGUGAUAGUUCAGCAUGUGAUGUCACUGUGAUAGUUCAGCAUGUGAUGUCACUGUGAUAGUUCAGCAUGUGAUGUCACUGUGAUAGUUCAGCAUGUGAUGUCACUUUGAUAGUUCAGCAUGUGAUGUCACUGAUAGUUCAGCAUGUGAUGUCACUGUGAUAGUUCAGCAUGUGAUGUCACUGUGAUAGUUCAGCAUGUGAUGUCACUGUGAUAGUUCAGCAUGUGAUGUCACUGUGAUAGUUCAGCAUGUGAUGUCACUGUGAUAGUUCAGCAUGUGAUGUCACUGUGAUAGUUCAGCAUGUGAUGUCACUGUGAUAGUUCAGUAUGUGAUGUCACUAUGAUAGUUCAGCAUGUGAUGUCACUGUGCUAGUUCAGCAUGUGAUGUCACUGUGAUUGUUCAGCAUGUGAUGUCACUGUGAUAGUUCAGCAUGUAAUGUCACUGUGAUAGUUCAGUAUGUCAUGUCACUAUGAUAGCUCAGCAUGUGAUGUCAUUAUGAUAGUUCAGUAUGUGAUGUCACUAUGAUAGUUCAGCAUUUGGUGUCACUGUGAUAGUUCAGCAUGUGAUGUCACUGUGAUAGUUCAGCAUGUGAUGUCACUAUGAUAGUUCAGCAUGUGAUGUCACUGUGAUAGUUCAGCAUGUGAUGUCACUGUGAUAGUUCAGCAUGUGAUGUCACUGUGAUAGUUCAGCAUGUGAUGUCACUAUGAUAGUUCAGCAUGUGAUGUCACUGUGAUAGUUCAGCAUGUGAUGUCACAGUCAUAGUUCAGCAUGUGAUGUCACAGUCAUAGUUCAGCAUGUGAUGUCACUGUAAUAGUUCAGCAUGUGAUGUCACUGUGAUAGUUCAGCAUGUGAUGUCACUGUGAUAGUUCAGCAUGUGAUGUCAAUGUGAUAGUUCAGCAUGUGAUGUCACUGUGAUUGUUCAGCAUGUGAUGUCACUGUGAUAGUUCAGCAUGUGAUGUCACUGUGAUAGUUCAGCAUGUGAUGUCACUGUGAUAGUUCAGCAUGUGAUCUCACUGUGAUAGUUCAGCAUGUGAUGUCACUGUGAUAGUUCAGUAUGUGAUGUCACUUUGAUAGUUCAGCAUGUGAUGUCACUGAUAGUUCAGCAUGUGAUGUCACUAUGAUAGUUCAGCAUGUGAUGUCACUAUGAUAGUUCAGCAUGUGAUGUCACUGAUAGUUCAGCAUGUGAUGUCACUGUGAUAGUUCAGCAUGUGAUGUCACUGUGAUAGUUCAGCAUUUGGUGUCACUAUGAUAUAUGCAUAAUAUGGCAAUAUAUUGUAGAUAUGAUAAAAUGCCAUUUAUUCACCAUAACUGUUGUACAGUCAGGCCACCAAUGUAUCAUUUGGUAAAUUUGAUAUUGUACAUACAUGUUUUACUUUAAACAUAGUUUAUAGAUUCCUUUUCAGAAUGAAAUGUGAUUAAUUCAAAUAUAUAUAUAUAUAUCAUAAAAGAAGAAAAUCAUGUGUCGGUGUACUCGUUUUUGAGCUUUUGUUGAUCAAAGAUUAGAGAAAUAAUAAUGUUUGAUUUGAUGUGAAUCCUGCUGUUUUGACCAUAUACACAACAAAUCAAAGCAAAAUCUUAAAAGUUAAUCAAGGGAAUGGACAAACCUAGCAUAUUCUUUUUAAAUUGAGUUAAAUUGAUCUAGCCAAUUAUUUUCAAUCCCAGUAGCAUUUAAGGUAGCCUCUACUUCUAGAUUUUGAAGGAUAAAACACCCUGUUUUCAUCAUUUUUGCUACACUUAACGCUUAAAAAGUUCUGCUGACCAACGUUUUAAGAUAGUUUGCAGAUCAAACGGGAAAGGUUUUUUCUUUCUCAAACUGAUGCAAACGUUUGUCCUGAACUAACAUUGGUUAUUUUUCAGUUUUUCGGGAAAAUAUUUUAAGUGUUCUAGAUACACUAAAAUGUGAAAAUAAAAUGCAAAAACCUGUGUAAUUCCCACCUUGUUGUUUACUAGUUUCAUUGUAUUGAACAUUGCAAAGUUUUACAGCAAACAUACAUUAGAAACAUUCACAAUUGUAAACGCAAUGAUGGUUUAUUGAAAACAGUUUAGUCCAAAGAUGUGUAAUUCAAGCCUUGCACAAAAUGUCAGAAACAGUAAUUUUCAAAAUGACAUCCAAAUGGACCAUUUUUCGAAAUUCUUCUAAAAACAAAUCUUCUUACAGAAGAAGUCUGAAAUUUUGACACAUUUUUCAGUUACAGUCUUGCUAUAAAACUGCCAUUUUUUGUUACAAAUUGCAAAAACUGUUUUAUACAAGACCGAAACGAGACUUCAACUAGGAUGAGAAACCUCAGAAAGGCAUAUCCUUAAGGGUCAUCUAUAUAGCAGAAUAGUGUUGAAUUUCAA